CGAACUACGAUCUAUGGAGCCCUGCGAGGCGAGAAAGCACAACAUCUGUGGGGAAGAAGCAGAAUUAGUGGUGUGCAUUAAUAAACGUGGAUCAUUGUAGACUGACGAGAGUGAGAUUAGUAUAGUCUGUGUUAUCAUCCACCUGGUCGGUAGUGGAUGGAUGAGCGUCCCUCGUCCCGUGCUGUGGCGGUCAGCCUGUGUGACUCUGCCCCCUGCUGUGGCGGGGUGGAUGACCUGCAGGCGGUGCGGUCUCAGGGUCUAGUGGGGGCCCUGCUAGGUUCACUGCCCCGGAUCCCCCGACAGAACCUCAGACUGGGCCGACCGCUGCUGCUGCUGCCGGAGAGGAGAGAGCUUCUGACUGAGCGGCGGGCUGCUGCUGCUCUACCCGUCUACCAGGAUGGAGAGGGGGCGGAGCUUCGUCUGCAGGUCAAGCAGCACCUGGAGGACCAGAAAAGGAGCUAUGAGGAGCAGAGCGUCCUUGCGCUGGAGGACAGGAAGGCAGCGCUGCUGCGAGCCAUGACAUCAUCACAUACAGAGUCUGGCGAUGAGGCUCUGCAGAGCCGGCUGGAGGCUCUGGACCGGAGCUUCACCUUUCCCAGUUCGGCGCUGGCAGUCCAGGUGAGCACGGCAAGGGCGGGACUGUCCUAUCGCCCGGAGGCCCGGGCCACCCUGCACGCCAGCCGGCCACUCAGAGGGCAGGAAGAGUCGAGCUGCCACGCUGCCAGGUACCAGGUGUUCAGAGACCUGAGGGGGCGGGGCUUCUACUUGACUUCAGCCGGAAAAUUUGGAGGACACUUCCUGGUUUAUCCAGGUGACCCUCUUCGUUUCCACGCUCACUUCAUCGCCGUCUGCCUGUCCCUGGAGGAGCCUGUCUGUCUUCUGGACCUCCUCGCUGUGGCCCGUCUGGGCUCCAAUGUGAAGAAGACGGUCCUGCUCUGCUCGCCGGGGCCGGAGGGCCGGGUUCAGUACACCUCAUUACAGUGGAGCGGGAUGGUGUAGGGGACUAAUCAAUACUCAGACCGGAUUUUUUUUUCACCCCAAGUCUUUAAGGAUCCGAAGAAGAAACCGCAUGACCUCACGAAAUAAAGACCUGGACCUGAUUAA